CGAAGGAGGGGAGGUUGCCUGUUUCCAUGGCGAUUAUUUGGUUCCUGGGGUAGCAACGACGGUGCCAAUCCUGGAUGGCUGUGUUUAAUCGUUUGUUUUUUUUAGCAAUAUAUGAAAUAAAUUAUAUUUAAAUUGCGUAGUUAAUACAUGUGUCGUUUAUAGUGCUUGGUGUUGGCCGAGAAAAUCGUUUAUGUUCUCUUCAUAAGUACCUUUUUUAAUCUUUACGCUUUUACUUUGAAGAAGGCAUCGUCACGCUUCCGGUAAUGGCGUUCUGAAAUCAAUUUGUAAUUGAACGCCUUAUAACAAUGUCCAAAUUAAACCCUACCGUUGCUCUGCCUCUGGUCCGACGUCAAGCCGAUGUCACAUUGAUUGCAGAGGUCCAAUGAAGGGCGGGAAGAUGAGGACUUCUCAGCUGGGUGGCGUGGCUUCCUCUCUAGCAUGGGUCUGUCUAUCCCAGCAGGCCUAUGUCGCCUGGCUCCACCUGCCCUGCGUCUAGGCCAGCAUCGAAUGCUCCACAGCAAAGCACCCGACAUCCCAGAGCACGUGCUGAGGCUGGCAGGAGUCGGCCCAGGCAAGCUGAGAGGGGAGUGGAGCCUGCCGGGGUUCAUUACCAUGUUCCUGCCCGAAUUCCCCCACAAAACUAUGCCUGGGCACGAACACUUUCAGGUGUUGAGUUACAUCGCCAAAGGUUCGUUUGGACCCAUUCUGAAAGUGAAGGACACGACCAAGCAGAAAACUUAUGCUGUCAAAGUUAUACCGAAAUCAGAGAUUCUACGACUCGGGGUGUUGGAGCAGUCAAAAGAAGAAGUUAUUGUCCAGCGUCAGGUUCGCCACCCAUUUGUCCAUGACCUCCAGGACUGCUGGCAGACUCAGCGCCAUCUCUACAUUAUGUGUGACUACUGCAGCACAGGAGACCUGUACACCUACUGGCAGAUGAUUGGUCAGUUCCCAGAGGACACAGUGCGAGUGUUUGCAGCAGAGUUGGGAUGUGCGCUUGGUUUUCUGCAUGACUUUGGGAUCAUUCACAGAGAUGUGAAGAUGGAGAAUAUCCUGCUUACAGACAAUGGACACCUCCGCUUAGCUGACUUUGGUUUGUCCCGUCGACUGGAGAGAGGAGGAAGAGCGUUUACCAUUUGUGGAACCAUCCAGUAUAUGGCUCCAGAGGUGCUCAGUGGCGGACCCUACAACCAUGCAGCUGAUUGGUGGUCGCUGGGUAUCCUGCUUUUUUCAUUGGUUACUGGGAAGUUCCCCAUGCCUCCAGAGCCAGACCACUGCAGUAUGCUGAGGAAAGUGAGGUGUUUUCCCUAUGAAAUGCCCCUCAACCUCAGCUCCCCACUGGCCUUGUUAAUAACGGAGCUUUUGUGCAAAACUCCGACCCGCCGCCUGAGGACCCUCGAACGUUUCAAACGCCAAACGUUCUUCCAUGGAACAACUUUUGACCUCGCCCUACUGCAGCGCCAGCCUGUGGAGGUGAUUCUGGAGCUGAGAGAGAGACCAGACCGAGCUGCCAAAGCUCGUCGAGGCCUCACUUUGUCUCUGCAGCCUCUCAAAGGUUUUGACUACGACUCGUUCCUCAGCCCUCCGUCCACACCGGACACACAGCUGGAUGCCGACGCACAAACCCACACAGCUGCACCAUUGCCCGGCCCCGCACUCCCACUGAAACCUGCUCAAGAAAAAGACCUACGUAGAGAAGUGUUUGUGUGAUGGACUUUACAGUUAACGGUAUGGUUUUCAACACAUUAAAAGUAAUGGCCUAUGUAUGUAUUUCUUAUUCUUAUUCACUUAUUCACCCUAACACACAGGUGUGGGGCACUUUGUAAAAUGUCUUUUUUAGGAAAAGCCAAAAUAGCUUAUUAUUAUUUAAUUUGUCCUAUAGUUUAGAAUGGACAUUUUAUGUUUCUUGUGACUGCUGAACGCAAUUUUUUUUUCAAUUUUUGUACUUGUUUGCCUUUCUCCAAUGAGCACCCUUUCAAGCCUACUGGAUUUGUUCAACAGUUGGGCAAGAAAGAUUGCACUAUAGUUGUCCACCUACUUUCAGUUUCAAAUGACUGGUCAUGGCUGCCCUGUUAAUACAUUGCUCACAUGGAAAAGUCAUGCUGGUUGAAGACAAUGCACAGACAUUUUUUCUUUUACUUCAGGUUUUAUGUGGUGAAGUAGAAAUCCAUUCAAAAAUCCUCAGCGAAAUGAGUGUAUUUCUGAACAUCUGCUUUUAUUUUAUUGUUGCAUGAUGAUAAAACUUUUGGCAGAAGUGGAUGAAAGAAACUCCUUGCCUCAUCUUCUAAGUGAUAUUGUUGUGACCUUUGCUAAAAAAACUAUUCUGUACCUUUAACCUCUCUCUAACUUGACCUUUACUGCCUAAAUUCUCUAGCAGCAGGAUCAUCUCUCCUGUACGAUCUAAAGUCAUGCCAGCAUCACAACGUCAGAUAAAGAUGUGAACGCCUUCAACGUCUGCUUUAGUUUGAAUCAUUUAUAACCUGCGACUCAGGGCAGCACCCGCCAGUUCUCCCAGAUGAGCCUUGAUUUUGACUCCAAGAUGGCACCCGGCUGUACAGAGAUGAGCUGAGACUGGAAGGGUUGAACGAACAACAGUAUUGUUUACCUCUAGGUAACAUUUAGUUAGAAACAGGACUUUUUCUAUUGUGUAAGGCUGUCGUGACCAGCCAGUAAUCACACCUUCAUGCACUUACCCAAUUAUCACAUUAUAUUAUAAUUUUAUAAAGUAUGCCCUGAUGUGUACCCAGAAUGCCUCACAUGUAUGAUCCUGAGCAAGCUUUUUACUGUCACCAAAAAUGCUUAUUUAUAAAAAAUCCUAUUUAUAAAUUUUAUGGAUGCUAUUUGAUGUUAUAUGUUACGGUACAUUGUAUUUUUGUAAUUACCAUGUAGCACAGAUGGAAUAUUAAACUCUUACUAAACAGCGA